AGAGGUUGUGGAGGAGCUGAGCCAUGGCCCAAUCAGACAACGGCAUUGAGAUGCCAGCCCUGGGCCGUCCCUUCCAGCUGGGGAUGUUGUACGACUGCCGCAAAGAUGCCCUCAUCCCAGGGAUCACACUUUGGGACCUGGAGUCACUCCAGAGGAACUUGAAUAUCAGACCACAGCCCAAGACCGAAUCGGAGAUCCUCAUGUCCGACUCCAUUGACGAUAAGGCCUCUGCCCUCAACAUCUCAGCAGCGCUCAAGGCCAGUUUCCUGGGGGGGCUGAUCGAAGUGGGAGGAUCAGCCAAAUACCUUCAAGACACCAAGACGUCCCGGCAACAGGCCAGAGUCACUCUGCAUUACAAAGCCACCACCAAGUACGAACAACUGACCAUGAGCCAUUUAGGAAUCCAAAAUGUCUCCUACCCGGCCGUCUUUGAGCAUGGCACAGCCACCCAUGUUGUCACUGCCAUCUUAUAUGGAGCACAAGCUUUCUUUGUGUUUGACCGAGAAGUCUUUUCUUCUGAGACUGUACAGAAGAUAGAAAGAAAUAUAAAAGUUUUGAUUGGGAAGAUAAUAUCAUUCACAGGGGAAGCAGAGAUGAGUGAGAAGGAAAAAUCCAGAGUUCAAAGCAUCCAAUGCAAGUUUCAUGGAGAUUUUUCUUUGAAGAGCAAUCCAGUGAGUUUCCAAGAUGCCAAGAAAAUCUAUGCCUCUCUACCCAUAAUGUUAGGGGAGGAUGGGGAGAAGGCUGUGCCAGUGAGAGUCUGGCUGUAUCCACUGUCCAAGCUGGAUUCCAAAGCAGCUAAGAUGGUGCAUGAGGUGAGCUUAGCCCUGAUUGCUGACGUUAAAGCAGUCAUGGAGCAAGUGAAUGAAAUCAAGAUGAGAUGCAAUGACCUAGCAAAGAAUCCCAUUCCUAACACCUUCCCAGAAAUCAAGAAGAAAAUCCAGCAAUUCAAGAAUCUCUGCAAUCAAUACAGGCAGAUUUUCCAGAAGGAGCUGGCAAGAGCCCUGCCUUCCAUCCGGGGAGGUGAGAAAGAGGAAGGUGCCCUGGUGGACAUCUUGAUGUCCAUAAACCAAUCACCCUUUAAUAGCCAAAGACUCCAUGAAUUUCUGGAUACCAAGGAACGAGAGAUUCAUUUUGUGAAAUCUUAUCUUGCUAUCCUAAAUGGGAUGGAAGUUAUCACCUCGCAGAAGAAGCUUGAAGAAAAAGUGCUUGACGAACAGAAUGAGUUUGUCGUAUCAUUUACAUUCACUUCUUUACAUGAUGAGGAACCGUUUUUAUCCAGCUUACACCAAUGGAUUAAGAAGCCAUUUUUGCAUAAAAUGUCAGAUCCCAAAACAGGCAGGUUUGUGCCAGAAAAAUACAAGGCCUGGUUUGAGCAUGAAGAGAAUAGCCAAAACGCUUGGAAAGCUGCCAAAUCCAUUUCAGAUUUUUCCCGUGUCAAUAAAUCAGAUGGGAAGACCCGGUGCAUUGUGGCCUCCGUCCCAGACGGGGACAACCCAGGAGCUUCCAUUUACCUCUGUGAAAAUGGGGAGCUAGUCAGCAGCAGCUUUGAGCUGCCCUCAAAACCUCUCCCUCUCCUCAUUGGUGGAAUUGGCCAUGACUAUGUGCAGCUGACCCUUCAGCCGGCUGAAUAUGGGAGGGCUUCUGUCUUGAGCUACCAGGUGGAGUACAAGAUCACAGGAGAAGAAGGCUGGAAGGCUGUGGAUACAGAGGACAGCCAGGAGACUUUCCUAUUGGGGGGUCUGUCUCCAAACACAGAGUACCAGUUCCGAUACGCUGCCAGGAGCAAACCAGGCCUUAGUGAGAGCAGCGAUGUGACUCAACCUGUAAAGACACUGCCCACCAGCCCUCCUCGGGAACCGAGAGAGGUAACCGUAGGGCCUUCCGUAAUCUCUGUUGCCUGGGAGAGUCCCAGUGUCCUUGGAGUGGGAGUUCUUAUAAAGGAGUACAAAGUGGAGUACAGAGGGGGGGGCAGAGAGGGGAAUGAAAGUGGCAAAGAUGAAUGGAAUGAAAAAAGAACAGGGGGGGAAACCGAAUUCUGUGAAAUUGACAGUCUGAAGUCUCAGUCGCCGUACAGAGUCCGAGUGUCGGCUGUGUGUGCCGAUGGGGCUCAGAGUGAUCCCAGCGAAGAGGUGGAGGUUUCCACAUCACGUGUAGAAGAAGGGAAGACCAGACUCGCAUACAAAUACCUCCCAGAAAGCACCCUGAUAGAAAUGGGGGUGCCAUCAGUGUAUGCCCUUCCUUUGCAAAAGGCCACAAGAGAUGCCUCAACGUCCCGUCUAAAAUACCAGCUAGGAAAAGAGAACUUGCAAGUCCCCAACAAAGUCAUUAUGAUGAUCGGAGCAACGGGGUCAGGGAAAACCACUCUCAUCAACGGGAUGGUCAAUUAUAUCCUGGGCGUUGAAUGGGAAGAUGCCUUUCGAUUCAAACUUAUUCAUAAAGUGACCAAUGGGAGUCAAGCUGAAAGUGAGACAGCUGAAGUGACAACCUAUGUGCUGAGUUAUCGGGAGGGUUUCAAAAUCCCCUAUUCCCUCACGAUCAUUGACACUCCUGGAUUUGGAAAUACGACAGGCACAGAGUGCAGCAAAUUCUUAAGAGAGCAGAUCCAGGAGUUUUUCUCCAACCCAGGCAGCAUUGACCAUAUCGAUGCUCUCUGUCUUGUAGUUCAGGCCUCCUUUGGUCGCUUACCUCCCGACCAGAAAUAUGUGUUUGACUCGGUGCUCUCCAUUUUUGGGAAAGAUAUAAAGGACAAUACCCAGGUCCUGAUCACCUUUGCAGAUGGACAGGCACCCCCUGUUCUAGAGGCCAUCCAGAAAGCGGACGUGCCGUGUGCGAAGGAGGCCCACGGCAGCCCUGUUCACUUCAAAUUCAAUAAUUCCGCGCUGUUUGCCAACAGUCGUAAAGAAAGUGGGGGCAGCUUCAAUGGCGAUGAAAUGUUCUGGCAAAUGGGCACUGAGAGCAUGAAGGCCUUCUUUGACUCGUUAAACAAAUUGGCGACUGGAAGUUUAUCUUUGACGAAGGAAGUCCUCCGGGUCCGGAAGGAGCUGGACGCCGUCGUGGAGCGGCUGCAGCCCCACAUCAAAACAGGGCUGGUGAAACGGGAAGAACUGAGGAAGACACAGCAUGCUUUGAAUCAGUGCAAGGACGACGUGGCGGCCAACCAACACUUUGAGUAUGAAGUAGUAAAAACUGUGCCUGUGAAGGAGGAAAUCUCUGGUAGCGGCAGCUAUGCCGUUAAUUGCACGAUUUGCCAAUUCACCUGUCACUACCCUUGCGGCAGUCCUGGGGACGCGGACAGGCCAGGUUGUGCCGCUCUCAAUCCGAAUUCGGGAAGUUGCGCCGUCUGUCCUGGCCAGUGUGCCUGGGAGGCGCAUCUCAAAGAGAAAUUCCGAUUUCAGUAUAAAGUAGUAAAAGAGAAAAAGACCUAUGAGGAGUUGAAGCAAAAAUAUGAAAAGGCCUGUGGUGAGAGGAAGGCCACCGAGAAGACACUUCGAAAUCUCUGCCAGGAAUACGAAGAGGUGAGAGGAGUUCUAGGAGGCCUUGCCCAAAAAGCUUCCCAAAGCCUCCAGCGCCUGCAGGAAAUGGCCUUGAAGCCCAGCUUCUGGUCGGCCCCUCAAUAUGUGGACCUGCUCAUCAUGUCAGAACAGCAGCAGCUAAAGCCUGGCUACCAGGGAAGGAUCCAGACGCUGAAAGGAGUGAAGGAAGCGGCUGAGAUCACGCAAAAGAUCGCCAACCAGGAGCCCCUGCUGCCUGGAGAACAAGGCCUCUAUGCGCAGGGAGAACCGAGGAAGCCUCCUCCCCCUCGGACAGCCACGCUGGUGAAAGGGGGCGGGGGCCGCUCUUAG